AUGACUGUUGGUCAGUUUAAGGCUCGCGAUGGGGAUGCCAUUUGGGAAGAGCAGCAUACUGGCCCUCUGGAGAUUCACUUCAGCUACCUACUAUGUAUCGCUAUCGCAGGGGCGCUGAUCCUGUCUGCGCCUUACGAAGGCCUUCGUCAUAUUAUGCUCAUCAUGGCCGUCCACGAGGAUCUUGCUAUCUCGGGCCAAUGCUAA